AUGGUUUCAGGGAUUUAUUUCUGUGAUAUUAAAGGUAGACCGAUUCUUUCAAGACGGUAUAGGGAUGACAUUCCGCUGUCGGCCAUCGAUAGGUUUGCACCUCUCCUUGCAGAUCUAGAGGAAGAAUCCAGUGUCAUCCCACCUUGUUUGAAUCACCGUGGUAUUCAGUAUCUUUUCAUCGAGCAUGAGGAUCUGUAUGUUGUUGCAUUGUCCACAUCUUUAGCCACCAAUGCGGCACAGGUCUUCACGUUUUUGCAUAAACUAGUGGAAGCCCUAGGAGACUAUCUCAAGACAGUUGAAGAAGAAUCUGUUAGGGACAAUUUUGUUAUAAUCUAUGAGUUGUUGGACGAAAUGAUGGACUAUGGUAUUCCUCAAAUUACCGAGACCAAGAUGCUCAAACAAUAUAUUACUCAGAAAUCAUUCAAAUUGAUCAAAGCUGUCAAGAAGGUCAAGGCUACGGCAAGGCCGCCCACCGGUUUGACUAAUUCCGUUAGUUGGAGAGCGGAUGGUAUAACGUAUAAGAAAAACGAGGCGUUCUUAGACAUUGUGGAGUCGAUCAAUAUGGUUAUGAACCAACAAGGACAGGUGCUCAGGUCCGAGAUUAUUGGGCAAGUGAUAGUUAGGUCGCGGCUGUCCGGUAUGCCUGAUUUGAAGCUGGGCAUUAAUGACAAGGGCAUCUUUACUAGGGAUCCAGAGACGGGUGAAAGCCAAGUCACCGCAGGAAAGAAGAAAUCUAGCGCUGAAUUGGAGGAUUUGAAAUUCCACCAAUGUGUGAGGUUAAGCAAAUUUGAGAACGAGAAAAUUAUAACUUUUAUACCACCUGAUGGUGAAUUUGAACUUAUGAGUUACAGAUUAACUACUCCAGUGAAACCGUUAAUUUGGUGUGAUGUUAACGUGCAAGUGCAUUCAAAAUCGAGGAUAGAGAUCCAUUGCAGGGCAAAGGCUCAAAUUAAGAAGAAAUCGGUUGCUAAUAACGUUGAAAUAUUGAUUCCUGUUCCAGAUGAUGCCGACACUCCUUCUUUCAGGUACUCUCACGGAUCCAUCAAAUGGGUCCCAGAGAAAAAUGCUAUUCUUUGGAAGAUCAGAAGUUUUUACGGUGGUAAAGAAUACUCCAUGGCAGCGCAGAUGGGGCUGCCCUCUAUCAAUGGCGUUGAGAAGCCAAAAUUCAAAAGGCCGGUUCAAGUAAAAUUCCAAAUUCCAUACUUUACCACUUCAGGAAUUCAAGUGCGUUAUCUGAAAAUUAAUGAACCCAAGCUUCAAUACAAAAGUUACCCUUGGGUCCGGUACAUAACCCAGAAUGGAGAUGAUUACACGAUAAGACUGAACUAA